CCAUUUUCUUAUGAAUGGAAAGUGAAAAGCCCUGUUCCGCUUAAAUUGCGUUCUUUCCUGUCCUGAGAAACACAACAGACCCCAAAAAGGCACGCUGAAGAGAGAACACACACACAGACCAAGCGACAAGAAAUGACCAUGACUACCAUGCCAGAGAGUCUUAAUAGCCCUGUCUCAGGGAAGGCUGUCUUUAUGGAGUUUGGGCCACCCAGCCAGCAAAUGUCUCCUUCUCCCAUGUCCCACGGACACUAUUCCAUGCACUGUUUACACUCAGCUGGCCACUCUCAGCCUGACAGCUCGUACAGCACAGCUUCGUCCUUCUCCAGACCGCUGGGCUACCCCUAUGUCAACUCGGUCAGCAGCCACUCGUCUAACCCCUACAUCAGUUCAGUGCAAUCCUACCCCAACAGCUCCAGCCUGACUCAGACCCGGUUAGAGGAGACAGGGGCCGACUCGGAGAAAAGCACUGUGGUAGAAGGAGGGGAAGUUCGCUUUAAUGGGAAAGGGAAAAAAAUCCGCAAGCCCCGGACUAUUUAUUCCAGUUUGCAGUUGCAGGCUUUGAACAGGAGAUUCCAGCAAACUCAGUACUUGGCUCUGCCCGAGAGAGCAGAGCUCGCAGCCUCGCUGGGACUCACCCAGACACAGGUGAAGAUCUGGUUCCAGAACAAGCGAUCUAAAUUCAAGAAGCUAAUGAAGCAGGGAGGGGCAGCUUUGGAAAGCAGCGCUCUGGCGAAUGGCAGGGCGCUCUCGGCCAGUUCGCCCCCAGUCCCCCCAGUGUGGAACACCACCUCGUCAUCGGGUAAGACCUCUACGGGGACCCCGGGCACUUACAUACCCAGCUACACAUCGUGGUACCCUUCAGCCCACCAAGAAGCUAUGCAGCAACCUCAGCUGAUGUGAUUACAAACCAGUUUCCCCAUUUCAAGCACUAUCGGUCCAGAAAAAUAAAUAAGUCCAAUCAAUAAACAGAGGAAAGAAAGAGAGGGGGGAAAUAAAAAGAACAAACAAUCGAGAAAGCGGUCUCUUGCCCAUAGAGCCAUUAACACUGCACCAUAGCGUGGUGCAGACAAGCACAGAUGUGAUGCGGGGCUGGUUCCCAACUGCUGACAGCUGACAGAGCAGCCAUUAGAUCAUCCGGAGAACAGCCUGGGAGCAGAGAGAAAAUCCGACCCUCAGCUUUGUGGGACAAUCAGAAAAAUAUGUUUGUAGAGGAAAAAAGCUCUCCUCUGUCCUGUCUGUCUGUCUGUGUCUAGCUGAUGAAAUGUAGGUCAUUUAUUUACUACCCCACUCCUCUUUAACAGCAAUGCGAAAACAACCUGUACUAUAGCCAGAUAUUUUUCUUUGCAUUUUUCCUGUACCCUUCACGACUCGUCUGUGUACAUUUUUAUUGUUGUUGUUAAAGGGAGAGAUGGGGAUUUAAUUUAUUGACUUAAAUUACCACUGUAAGAGUGC